ACCUUGAGUGGCUGGCGCAAUCAGACUUCCGGAACAUUUCGUGUUCCGUAGUUAAGGUGCCGCUUAAAAGCGGCGGAGUCGCCUCCUAACCUUAACUGUCCCAUGCUUUUCUUCCGCGCCUUCCUUCCUUCCAACCUUGCAGAUGCCAGGCGUUAAAUGAGCCACCGAAAUUCAACUCCCGUUAUCCUUGAAACCAAAAACAAGACUGUCUUGUGCAGCCAUGAAUUAGUGGAGAAAAACCCAGAGUUACAGAGAGAAGAUUAUAAAUGCCAGAGUCAUUUAACAUGGUUAGCUGUUGAAUUCUGACAUUUCUUUAAAUACCUUCUUGCACCAACAUCUUCACUGGAAAGAGUUUAGGAAAAGUAGCAGAAGGAAGGAGAGUCAAUAUUUACAUGGACCAUGGCUAUACCGAUAACAGUGCUUGACUGUGAUCUCUUGUUGUAUGGCCGAGGUCACCGGACAUUGGACCGUUUUAAACUGGAUGAUGUGACUGAUGACUACUUGAUGUCUGUUUAUGGUUUUCCUCGACAGUUCAUUUAUUACUUGGUAGAGCUCUUGGGGGCAAGUCUUUCUAGACCUACUCAGAGAUCUAGAGCUAUUAGCCCAGAGACACAGAUCCUUGCAGCACUGGGCUUCUAUACCUCAGGUUCCUUCCAGACUCGGAUGGGAGAUGCUAUUGGAAUCAGUCAGGCAUCUAUGAGUCGAUGUGUUGCCAAUGUCACCGAAGCACUUGUGGAAAGAGCCUCACAGUUCAUUCACUUUCCAGCUGAUGAAGCCUCCAUGCAGGCUCUGAAGGAUGAAUUCUAUGGUUUGGCAGGGAUGCCAGGGGUAAUAGGGGUGGUUGACUGUAUCCAUGUGGCAAUCAAAGCACCAAAUGCUGAAGACCUCUCCUAUGUGAACCGCAAAGGUCUGCAUUCUUUAAACUGCCUGAUGGUGUGUGACAUCAGAGGGGCACUAAUGACUGUGGAGACAAACUGGCCAGGCAGCCUACAAGACUAUGCUGUGCUGCAGCAAUCUUCUCUUAGUAGUCAGUUUGAAGCCGGGAUGCACAAAGAUAGCUGGCUGCUUGGUGACAGUUCCUUCUUUCUCCGUACCUGGCUCAUGACCCCACUUCACAUUCCUGAAACUCCAGCCGAAUAUCGCUAUAAUAUGGCCCAUUCUGCAACUCACAGUGUGAUAGAGAAGACUUUCCGAACCCUCUGCUCCCGAUUCCGCUGCCUGGAUGGAUCCAAGGGGGCACUGCAGUACUCACCAGAGAAGUCUAGCCACAUCAUCCUGGCUUGUUGUGUCCUCCACAACAUUUCCCUGGAACAUGGGAUGGAUGUUUGGUCCUCUCCAAUGACAGGACCCAUGGAACAGCCCCCUGAGGAAGAGUAUGAGCAUAUGGAGUCCCUGGACCUAGAGGCUGAUCGUAUCCGUCAGGAGCUGAUGCUCACUCAUUUUAGCUAAUGUGGAAAGUGGAGAGGAGGGAAACUUUCUAGAAAGAGUUGUGACAAAGUUCCUCCCUCGUCACCCCCUACACAGUUCUAUCAUUUAGCAUGACAGUGUGUGGACACUUGUCACAAAUAGACAUUUAAUCCGUGUGUUUUACAAAGGUUGGAGCUAUGCCAGAAUAUCUUCAUUCAUUUGCAAUUUUAUUAACUAAACCAAAACCAAGAUAACUCUUCCCUACUAUGCAUUGGACUCCAGGUUGAGCGCCACUCAUCUGAAAGCUCACUGGUUGUAGAUAUUUAUGAUCAUACCUACAAAAUUAAAGCAAAGGGGGAAAUGGUAUCUAGCCAGGACACCCUUUUUUGUUUGUUUCAAUUAUCUGGAUAUUUCAAAUGAAAAUAAUAUUUACUUGUCCUGAAUUACUUGGAUAGCAUUUCAGCUUUUCUAUUUUGCUGCCUAUGUAGGCAUAGGAAUAAUCUGAGACAAGUGUAAAAAGUAAAUUUAAGUUGGGGAAUGGUCUUCUGAUGUAAGUAAAUGACUACUAAUCUGAGUUUGCAGCUUUGUAUUUUUAAGAGGAUGUUAGGGACAGUCUGAAACCUCCAUCUUUAGUCUUUCUGCAAUAAUUGUACUGUGACCUGGACUUAGUUCCUAGGGAGAACAUCUGGACUCCAGCUCCUAUUUCCAACCCUGAGUCGGAGUUAGAUGCUAAGUGGGUUUAAAAACGCAAUCAGCUUAAAGAAGACAAGUCAAGUAUAGAUAAAGUAGCAAGCUUACACUUUGCAGGAGAUCUAAAAACCCUGAUAGGUUGAUAGAGGAGAUUUACCCAAGUUUUGACAGCUUACAUCUAAAUAGGUCACAUUAGAUCACAUUUCUUAUGAUUAUACUGUUAGAAUGUCUGGCCAUUCAGCUUUGAUAUUCUUUAUAUAGAAGGAAGAUUUAGAGAAUAAAGAAGGCAUAUGAAAGUAUUAAAAAGGAGAAGUAAGAAGAAUAUAAUUUCAUUUGAAAUGAAUUUUGGAGUUAGACCUACUUGAAAAUCUUAUGUACAAAGUGAUGGACAGAAUUUGCGAGAAAAUAAUCUCCCACCACGUCUUAUUCUAAAAUUGUACUGAUAUAAAAAUAACCUGAUUGGAAUAAUGAAAGUGUAAAUUAGGUUCACACGUUUGUGUCAUUGCUGGGACAAAAAGAGACUUUCCUGAGAAUUGUCUUGUUCCCCGUUUUUCAUCCACUUACUAUGUGAUACCUCUGAAUUGUCCUCUUGGAUCAUUUCCUACCUGCCUUUGGCAAUGUUGAUCUGGUGAUAUUCAAAGUAAAGAAAUGAACAGCUGAUGACAGAGAAGUUUGGAAAUAAAUUGAGGGUGACUCAUCUGCAAGAUUAAAAACAAUUUGGAUUAUUA